UUCGAGAUCAUCCAUUGCAAUUAAUACAAGUGAAUUUGAAUUUCGCGGGCAUUCUUCAGGUUGAGCCGCUAGGAUAAUUGCAGUCGGGUGUCUCUAGCGUUCGCCAAAUUAAAAGGCCGGAGUUUCCAAUAUUGUUUUAUUCCAAUAUUUGGUGUACCUAUCAUAACUGUCCCUGUGUCCAUGUAUCUUUAAACAGUUAUUUUCAGUAUGACACCGUAACAAACUACACGGAUACUUCAAGCAUGGCUCAGGUCUCAGGGAGUAACUUUACUAGGGGUGAAUUGGUAGUGUUCUGCUACUUUGUUGUCAAUAUAUUUUAAAUGAUAAACUACUUUUUCUUUUCUAAUAAUACUAUAUGAUGAUUUAUUUAGUGAGGUUAUGUCAUUGACACGAGUUUUGCCUUAACAACUAAUUAUCUUUACUGUGUAGAUAGUGAUACUACUUUGAAUUUGAGUGAAUGGGAUCGCUUAGACGUUUGGGCGUGAGGCUAAACUCAUGCCUGAAGUGCUAUAGGUACUUUAGUAGCGUGGGUUUACAUCCCACGGAGUACGACGUGAUAGUAGUCGGUGGCGGACAUGCUGGGACGGAGGCAUGCUCUGCAGCCGCCAGAAUGGGUUGUCGCACCUUGCUGGUCACUCACAAAAAAGAAACGGUUGGUGAGAUGUCAUGCAAUCCGUCAUUCGGAGGAAUCGGGAAAGGUCAUUUGAUGAGGGAGAUUGAUGCUCUUGAUGGCGUGUGCGGAAGAAUAUGUGACAUGGCUGGGGUGCAAUACAAGGUGCUGAACCGGAGGAAAGGCCCCGCCGUGUGGGGCCCCCGGGCGCAGAUCGACCGGCAGCUGUACAAGAGGCACCUGCAGCUGCAGCUGUUCGAGGGGACGCCCAACCUGGAGGUGAUGGUCGCCCCGGUCGAGGACCUCCUCACCGCGGACGUCUCGUCCCCGGCCGACCCCGGCGCGCUGCGCCAGUGCCGCGGCGUCGUCCUGGAGAACGGCGCCCGGGUCAGGGGGAAGGCUGUUGUCCUGACAACCGGCACCUUCCUGAACGGCCAGAUCAACAUCGGGCUGGAGGUGCGGCCGGCGGGGAGGAUGGGGGAUGCCCCGGCCGUCGGCCUCGCGAACACCCUGGGGAGCCUGGGCUUCCGGAUGGGCCGCUUGAAAACAGGCACGCCACCUCGGAUCGCCGCGGAUACAGUGGACUUCAGCGUGUGCGAAGUGCACAAGGGCGACAACCCGCCGAUGCCUUUCUCGUUCCUCAACGACGAAGUCUGGAUUAAGCCUGAAGACCAAAUGGUUUGUCACCUGACGUUCACCGACCAGAGCAUCAACCAAAUAGUUCUGGAUAACCUGCAUGUUAACAGACACGUGACUGAAGAGGUGACCGGCCCGCGCUACUGCCCGUCCAUCGAGUCAAAAAUAAUCAGGUUCGGUAGCAAGCACCGCCACCAGAUCUGGCUGGAGCCGGAGGGCCUGACGAGCGACGUCAUCUACCCCAACGGCCUGUCCUGCACGCUGCCCGAGGACUUGCAGCUCCAGCUGGUCAGGAGGAUCCCCGGCCUGGGGAACGCCCGCUUGCUGCGGCCGGGCUACGGGGUGGAAUAUGACUACGUGGAUCCCCGGGAGCUGAACACCUCCUUGGAGACGCGGAGGGUCUGUGGCUUGUUCUUCGCCGGGCAGAUCAACGGCACCACAGGCUACGAGGAAGCGGCCGCGCAAGGAAUCGUUGCCGGCAUCAACGCCGCUUCAAAGGUGCUGAACAGGCCCAGGUUCACGAUCGACCGCACGGAGGGCUACAUCGGGGUGCUGGUAGACGACCUGACGACGCAGGGGACCAGCGAGCCGUACCGCAUGUUCACCAGCCGGGCGGAGUUCCGCUUGUCCCUGAGGCCGGACAACGCCGACUUGCGCCUCACAGAGAAGGGCUUCAGGGCCGGGUGCGUGAGCAGCGAGAGGUUCCACCGCGCCCGCCGCAUGCAGCAGGACUUGGAGCAAGGCCUGGAGCUGCUCAAGUCCGUGAGAAAGUCCGCGGUGCACUGGCGCAGCCUGCUGCAGCUGCAGCAAGCCAAGUCCACCGCGCACAAGAGCGCCUUGGAGUGCCUGUCGCUGCCCGGGGACGCGGUGACGGCCGAGGGGCUGGCGGCGGCGCUGCCCCGCGAGUUCGGCCACUUGGCGCGCCGCCCCGCGCUCUGCCACCGGCUCAAGGUGGAGGCCCUGUACGCCGCGGCGGUCGCCGACCAGCGGCAGGAGGUGGCGGAGGUGCGGCGCGACGAGGCCCUCGCCAUCCCGGACACCAUCGACUACGCCGCGGACUCUCUUUGCUUGUCUUUUGAGGAGAGGGAUAAGCUGAGUGCAGCCAGACCUCAGACGAUUGCAGCAGCGAGUCGCAUAGCUGGAGUCACUCCGUCCUCCGUUCUGAGGCUGUUGCGACACGUGAAGAGCCACCAAGCAGCAGCCGCUUCUGGAUUUUGAAAUGUCUCUGACGUGCUGUUGCCUUCGUUGGAUGUCAAACGGUGAUUAAAUACUAUAUGUUGUUUAUAACUCUAUGUAGCAAUUAAAUUACUUUUCACUUUGUAAAAUUCUGUGUCAAAAAUCUUUUGAAAGACAAGAGUUCUGUGAAGGUUUUUUUUUUCUUCCCUGCUUGAUGUAACUUUAUGGUUCAACAGUAUUCAACAUGUAACGUAAUAUUUUUGUUGCUGUUUGCUGUGGGAUUAAAAAAAAAACUGUGACAGCAUGCAUGAAAACUAUUUCAUAGACACAGUUGCAGUGUAAAUAAGCACUUAUUUGGUUUUGGAAUUAGUGAGAGACUUAGGGCUGAAAAAAAAAGCCAUUCUUCACUUAAGUUAGUUUCGGGAGGCGUUUAUUUUACAGUUAGUGGUAAAAGUACAUUUUUCACGUAAUAGUGUGUGCAAACUCUGAUUAAGCAACUGUAAACAAAACAUGACCUAUGCUAAAUCUUAAUUUCUGGAAAAAAACUUUCUAAAAACUUACUAAGGUAAAUUUGAAAUUUUUUUAAAACAACAUUGUAUUUAUUGCAUGGACUUUGUGCAUUUGUUUAUAUGUUCAUUUACUAUCUAUGUAGGCUUCUGUAAUACCUGCAUUUUAGUUUAAAUCAAAUAUCAAAUUUCUCAAGAAUAUGAAAUAUUUUUCAAAUCAAAUUUAAAAGACAGUGCGAAUGUUUUUUUUCCUUCACAUUACACAGGAAUACAAGAAAAUAUUAAUGCAAAAUAUGUAAAUAACAGUAAAAUUUAAAGGGAAACACACAUUGAAGAAAUAUUCAUUAAUUUUCAAGAAAAGAAACACUGCAUUUCAAUUUGUUAAAACAGUUAAAUUUAAGUUUGAAAAUUGUUUUGUUAAAACAACUGUAAAAUAUUUCCAUUUAAAAAAAGAAUUUUUAAGUGUAAAAACCAAAUGGCAUAUUUUAUUGCAUUAAAAAUGUAUGUAUGUAUGUAUGUAGUACUUGUGGGGAAAAAAAAUCCAAAUUUAACAGUUAA